AUGGAUGGUCAUAUCAUCACACAUUUGGGUUUCUUUAUCGGUGACUUGCAUCGACAAAUUGAACAGCUACACCAAAAACAAUAUGCUGGUAUAACCGCUGAUGACACCUUCACCCUUUACCGAGGUCAAGGUUUAUCUACAGCAGAUUUUGAACAAAUGAUUAAAGAUCGUGAAGUUUUCUCUACUUUUGCUGAAAGCAAUCAGGCCAGUCCGGAUUUGUGUGGAAUACUUUUCGUUAUGAAAGUAAAUCCAUCUCAAUCAACAGCACCAUUUGCUUCAAUUGCUGGGAUUAACCAGUUCCAAGGAGAAGAGGAGGUCUUAUUUUCAAUGAAUAGCGUUUUUCGUAUCCAGGAUAUUAAACAGAUGGGUGGAAAUAAUCGUUUGUACGAAAUUGACUUGAUACUAACUGCUGACAACGAUCCAGAAUUAAGCAAAUUUACUGAUUACAUUCGACAAGAGAGUUUUCCAGACAGUGAAGGAUGGUACAGAUUAGGUAUGGUACUAAUUAAAAUGGGUCAGUUUGACAAAGCUGAAGAUAUUUAUCAAGUUUUACUUAAUCAAACAAAGGAUGAUGAAGAUAAGCCACAUUUUUAUCAUCUACUUGGCUCGAUUAAUAAAGAUCAAGGAAAAUAUCAAGACGCACUUACAUUCUAUGAAAAAAUCACUUGCUAG